AUGGCGUACGGCUGGUUCCAGUGGUACUGCCGCUUCUACCAGGGCCGCCGCAGCCAGGACGACGCCCGCCAGAUCAAGCGCUGGCUGAAGAUUUGUGGCCCCACAGGUCGCUGGAAGGGGAACCUUGUGGCCAAGUGCGUGAAGGCCAAGAGUCGCUACAACGACCCUCAGGUGGCCCCGGCAGUGCGACAAUCGCUGCUCCACUGGGGCUACGAGCUCACGGAGGAGGAUCUGAAGCAGAAGAAGAAGGAGAUCCUCCAAGGGAAGGGUGCCUACGCCAUGCCCCGGGCGGAGCUGGCCAGUGUGCACAAGGCGCGCGGCUUGAAGCGCCCGGCGGCGGCCAUGUGA